CAUCUUGUAAUCUCGUUUCCAGUGAUUUUUGAAUUAUAUCAAGAAUUGUAUUAUAUCCAAAUUAACGCAUGAUGCAAUUAUAUUUGCAUUUGAAAAUAUUCAAAUAAUCUUUUCAACAACAUUUUUUAACUUAUGAAGAAGCUGUAACAUCAUUCUUUCCAAAAAAUCAAUUUGAUUUUUAUUGUUUGACGAGAGUAUAUUUACACAUGGAGGCCAGCAAACCAGAGUAUCAGCAGGUAAAUGAAGAAAUCAAGAUCAAUUGGAAUGAUGGCUCGAAAGAGAAGAAAUCCUCAGUUAUGAAUUUCUAAACUUUGCAUACAUAAUGAGUUGGAUGUUCAAACGUGAUAGUCCAUUGCGAUCUAGCCUUCGCAAAUAUUCAUUCUCUCUGUCACCUAAAUUGCCAGAAGGUGCAUGCCUAGAGGUCUUUCAAACACAUUGGCAUCAAGCAUAUAGUAUCAUUGACAAAAAUGGGCCAUGGCAACAAACAUUGCCGACAUCUGAUGAUGUCACUGGUGUUAUUAAUAAUUUGGAUCAGAUGAUUACACUCCUUUUGCAAGAAGCACAACAAUCGCCAGCUUGCCUGACGAAUGGAACUCCAGGGAGUGAACCAGAGCCAACUGGUCCACUUUUAAGCUAUCUGUUAAUGGAAGGCUGUUUAGAUAAACUUUUUACCUGGUCUUUAAGAGCUGGAGAAUUCGUAAAUGCCUUAAAAUUAGAGCAGCUAAAAUUUUACGAAGUUUUAGUAACAAAUUGUCAUCAAGAUUUACUUUUCCAUAAGCCUAUUGUUCGACCACUCUUACGUCUACUGGCCUCUUGUGGAGAGGGUAUUCCUGUUGAAGUUGAAAAAAGGCUAAUUAUUUUAUUAAAUACAUUGUGUGUCUGCUUAACUCAGUUUCCUGAUUUACUUCAAGUAUUCUUUGGUGCAAGCUCUGACCAUGGCUCAACAAGGUCUGAAAAACGAGACAUGUUCUUGAUUUUUUCUCUUCUCAUACCUUUUGUUCAUCGUGAAGGCUCUAUUGGACAACAAGCAAGAGAUGCAUUAUUACUUUGCAUGGCCUUAUCUAGAAGGAAUGAAAGUAUAGGAAUUUAUAUUGCUGAACAUUCUAAUUUCUGUCCAGUUUUAGCUACUGGUUUGAGCGGACUCUAUUCUGUUCUACCGCGAAAGCUGCCUCACGUUCCUGAAGAUUGGCAUCAGUUUACAGCAGAAGACAUCUCAGAAAUGCCUGAAUUAGCCAUGUUUCUGAAUUCUUUGGAAUUCUGUAAUGCUGUGAUACAGGUCGCACAUCCAAUGGUUCAAGAACAAUUGAUGGAAUAUUUAUAUCAAGGAUUUUUAGUUCCAGUUUUGGGACCUGCUCUUCAUCAGGAUGCUGUUGCAGUGCCUCUUGAAAGGCUUGAAAACACUUCAAAGUAUUUGAACACAGUAGAGGAAAUUGUUGCUACUACUGCAUAUUUGGAACUUUUCAUACGUACAAUUACUGAACCAAUUUUAAUACAAAUGUUCUUGAAAUUCAUUCUCAGUUCCUGUUAUGAUGGUCAUCGAAUUUUAAAUUCUUUAGUUGAUCGAUUAGGGGCACAAACAAGGCUCUGUCUUGUUACGAUGUCAUUGUUUCAAAGUUUGCUGGAACUAAAUUGCGAAGAUGUUUUGUUUGAAUUAGUUUUUAGGUAUUUGAUUCCUUGCUCUCAUGUUAUGGUGAGCCAGCGAAGUAGAGUGAGAGAUGCGGACUUGUACAAUCAAGCUGCGGACAAAUUCUUAUCUCUCAUUCCAGCAUCGUCGGUGCUUCAUAAUACUGGUCUAAACUCUAUGCUCACAACUAGCCAAAGUACGCCUCUGUCAUCGCUGCCAUUCUCCGGAAUCAACCACAUGGAAAACUUGCCACCAGUCAGCCGGGGUGGAAGUCUUCGUAUAAAGCGCCAUCAUAGAUCACCGUCCACUAAUAGCUUUGCUUUUGGGGAACUCGAAAGACUUCAGUCUGCUAUUCCUAAGACUCAAUGGUAUGUGAACAUACCUGAAACACAACUAUCUAGUUACAUGGACUAUUUGAGAGAUGCUCAUAAAAAAGUGAAAACUUGUACUCUCGCAUGUAGGUGCUGGUCGUUUACCUACGAUGGCCUCGAUCCACCUCCAAAUUCUGUUACGGACUCUCAAGUUAAAGAAAUACAGCCUAAUAGUUGUGAAACAAAUUGUAGUGCGAAAGUUUCUGUAAAUAAAGAUGAGAAAAAUCAGCAUCUACUUCAAAAAGCCAACAUUAACUCCGAUCGCCAAGUUUUGGAGCUGUCCUCUAGAAAUUUAGCAGUUCUACAGGACACAUUUAACCAAAUACAAAGGGACAGAUCUAUUGCCAUUGAAAGAACAGAAAAAGUAACUAAUUUGAAAGACAAUCACAAAGGAUCGAUACCUUCUGACAUACUCGAUCAAAUAGUCAAAGCAGAAGAUGAAACAACGUUUUGGAACUUAGUGUGUUCUACAGAAUCACUUUCUUCCAAGGAUAGCGUCGAAGACAGUUUGCAAACGAUUGAUAGUUAUUUCAAUGAGUUAGACGCAGGUGUAGGCUUGGAAGGUAGAAUUCACGUCUGCUUUACCGAACCGGCCGAUUUGAAAGACGAAUGCUCAAAUGCAGACUCUGGAGUUUUUGAGUGUAGGGACAGUUGCAUAUCUGAAAAGGACUCAGACAAUGCAUCUCUGACAAUUAUCAGUGCCAAAUCUAAUGAUAAUAACUCCUCUUUAUUUAUAAGUAUACCUCCUUCUACAAAAACUGAUUUAAAAAGAAGUUCCACAUCAGUAUCUGAAACAAGUACAAAAAGUAACAGUCCAGCUUCUCCUGGAAGUUGGGAGUCAUUUGGGACUCCAAAUAUUGGUCCAUUUUUAAGCAUUAUACUUGCAAGGCUAGAAAUGAUGAUGCAGAAUGAUGUAUAUACUAAUUUACACUUGACUGGUCUCAUUUCUCGUUUAGCCUGCUACCCACAGCCUCUGCUGCGGUCAUUUCUUCUAAAUCCCUCCUUAGUUUUCCAGCCAACCGUCCGAUCCUUGUUUCAGGUUUUAGGUUCUUUGAAGCAAAAAGUAGACAGCUAUUCCUAUUCUGUUGAUAAUUAUGAAGACUUAGUUGAGCAGAGUAAGCGGUUUCUUUUCACAAGGAUUCAACAUAUGCAAGAAUCAAAUACUGUUCGAAGUUAUUCUCGAUCUCUAAAUCAAUGUCCUCCCAUUGUAGAAAUUCAAAGAGGAGAACCUCGACGUAGAAGUCUUACUAGUUACUUGUUUCGUAAAAGUAGCAGUUUCUUAAGACAAAGAGAAAAUGCCCUUAGUAAAGAGCCAGUGUUAGAAUCUAUUUCUGAUGGACAUGGAUACAGGUACGUCAGCAAACCAGCUCCUUUCUCACUGGAGGGCGAGAUUGAAUCAAUUAAGGCUAAAAAUGCAAUUCUUUGUGCUGUAGUUCUGGAGGAAUUUCUAAAAGAACUUGCUGCCAUCGCUCAAGAGCAUUCAAUUGUCCAGUUGAAUCCUGAAUUUUGGGAUGAUAUUGAUGCUCCAUGGGAUUAAAUUGUUGAAUAAGUUUUUUUUUACUAUUGAUAUAGUUAAUAUAUAAUAUAUGUAUAUAUUUCAGCAAUCACCUUUGAUGUGAUGAUUUUGCAAUGUUUUUAACUGAAUUAUUUAAGUUGUAACUGUGAGUUCUCCUAGGAAGUAGAUUUAAUGGGGCUAAAUUAUAUUGUGUGACUGUUUCAAUGUUACAGUUCUAGUCAAAAACCAAAAUUUUAAGCUUUACUAAAGAAAUUUUUAUCAAUGAAUUGUGUAAAAAAAUGAAAUGGUUAAGGAAAUAUUUCUGCAAAGAUCAGCUUAGAUUCUUCAAAUCCUUUCAUUUUAUACUUUUAAUUUUUAAAAAAAUUCAAAUUAAAUUUUUCAUUUAAUUUUUAUGUUUGUUGUGUGUUCUGAAAAUGUAUAUUGUAGUGUAUAUCAAAUGCAAAACAUAUUUGAUUGCAACUUUUCUAAUGUAUAUAAUAGUUUUUAUAACCUAUUAACUGUUUAUGCACUCUUUAAUACCAAAAAAAAAUAUUCUUAAUUCUAAUUAUUUUUUAUAUCAUUUAAAUCUUUAAAAAAGAAAAUUUUUGUAUAUUGUAAUUAAACAAAUCUCUUUUUUGCAUUAGGUUUAAUGCUUUUAUUACCACAACUAUAAACUUAGAGUUUUACAUAUUUUUAUCACAUUUUCAAGGUAGAUUUUGUUGUAAAAAAAACAAAUAACAAUUCUGUUGUAUUUAACGCCUUCACCAUUUUAGGUGAUUGCUGAACUAUGUAACUAAUUUAAAUGUGAGUGUAUAAUUUUAUUAAUAAGUGUUGAUUUUAGAAAAUGUUUUAUCUGUUAUUAAGAAACUGUGAUUUAUGUUAACCAAAAGGCAACGCAUUUUGCACAAAGAAAAAAAUGCUUAAUGAAUAUCUUAUAUAUUAUAUUUUUUUAUUUUAUUGAAAAUAAUGUAACUAUUCAUUAGUAACUAAGUAUCAACUUGGUUAUGUAAUAAAAACCAAUUAUAUAUUUAAUAUAUUAUUUAAUUAAAAGAAAACAAAUUUCAUUUUUACUUUCUAAUGAUUUAAUUACUUCUAUUAUAAAAUAGCAUAUAUAUAUAUAUUUCAAUUAACAUUUUUUUCACAAGAUUUAUUUCUCAUUGCAAACAAAAUAAUUUGAUCUCAGAAUUAAUAAAUAAAGAAUGGACUGAAAUUACUAUAUGACAUGCUGUACUAUAUAAGCCAACUAAAAUUUUCAUUUUUCAAUUGUUUUUAUUAUUUGUACUAUUAAAAGCUUUUAAGUGUAAAUGUGAAAUAAGCAGUUAUUAAAUAUUGUGUUUAAAAUUUUUAGUUUGCAGUAAAUCUUAAACCUCUUUUGUUACGAGUACCAUAUUUAGCCGGCAUUCUGACGAUGCCCUGUGUAUACAAGACCCAUAUUUACGUGACACUUAGUUUGUCUGGUUUGUUUUAAAAUUUAUCAUACUGAAUUUAUUGCUAAAAGUUUUACAACAAAAUGCUUGCAAAAAACAAAAAUGCUUGCAAAACCACCAAAUAUAUUUUUAUCUAACACUUAAAUUAAAAAAAUCGGAAAGUUUAUUAGGUGAACUGUCCAGUUGCGCCUGUUCAAUGGUUAACUACCAUUGACUUUUUCACUAUUCUUGCGCUAUUUGUUGAUCAUAUUUAUUGUAUUUUUACAGCAAUCUUUCUUGCUAUAAUUUUAAUUUUCCUAUUCAUCCCGUUAAUGUAUUGAAGAAAACUGGUUUCCAGCAGUAAAAUUGUUAUACUACUGAAAAUUGCAAUUGAAAUAUUAAAGAAAGUCUCUCACUUUUGACACAGAUUAUGUUUUCUUAUAUAAAAUGUCCUAUAACCAAUGAAAUUAAUGCAGUUCUAGAAAUAAGUUUUUAUUUUAAUAUAAUUUUUAGAAAUAAGUUCUUAUUUUUUUUAGAAAAUUAGAUGAAUUAGAGAAUUAUUUAGAAAUAAGUUUUUAUUUUUAAUGUUGUAUUAGUACUUUUUUUCAAACAUGUAUUUAUUUUUAAUUUAGACCUGGGUUAGUUAAUAUUUUUAUCAACUGUCAAAACUCAACUUCAUGUUUAACUUUGCUGUGGAAAGAAAAAACAGCAGAUAUUCAUUAUUGUAGUGUUCCAAACAUUUCUCUUGCACCGAUAAAUAAUAUAAGUUCCUUUUAUGUAAAGAAUAUUUAGGUAUAAUUUUUUUUAAAAAAAGAAAUUAAAACAUUUACGUUCUGUUCUAAAAAAAAUUUUAAUCUGAAACCACAAAGAAUAUCCCAAUUAUAAUUUAAUAAAAAAAAUUACACUUUUUAAAAUCUGCAAAUUAAUAAAACAAUUACAUAAUUUCCUUUUUCAACUUGCAUGAAAACUUGUUUUUGUGCAAAAUAUUUAUAGAAAUUGAAUAAUUAAAAUAUUGUACAUUGCUCCAUGAUCGACUUUAUUGUAUGAAAACACAAUUUGAAAAGUGGUAAUUCAUUCUGAUCUUCAUAGGAUCUCAUAACUGUUAAAUAUUGUAUUCGUGGAGCUAAUGAAGUUUUCCAUAUCAUUCUUUUUUUCGUUUUUGGAUUGAAAAGAAAAUGCUUGAAAAAUAAAUUUUAUUCAUGAAUUGAAAAAGUUAAAAUUAAUUUGAUUUAAGGGUUAAAAUUCAUUAUAUUUAAUUUUAAAAAAAUAUUUUAUCCACUUGAACACAAAGUUGCUAUAUUUCUGGUUGUGACUUUAAAUUUUUAUUUUUAUUACUUUUUUUUCUAAUUGUGAUAAAUUAUGACAGCUAUGUUGCUGCAAGUUUUCAGGUUUAAUUUUUCUUGUUUGUUUGAUUUUUUCUAAUUGACUCUGCUCAAAUGCAAGUCAUCUGUGAUUCUAGUUUUACUUUUUUUUUAAUGUAAAUUGUAUUUAAUUGUACAUUGAAUAAAUAUAUAUAUACAACUGGGAUGCAUUUCAUCCCACCUUGCAGAUGUGUAAAUAUUAGAGGCAGCUGAUCUCCAUAUUGUUUGAGAAAAAUAAAUUGUGAUUCUUAA